UCCAGGGCUCCUUAAAGAAAGCUACACUAGACCAUAAAGACCUGUUGUAAAUGAAUGAAAGCAGGUUUGUGUCUGUCUUCACUACUGAGUCCCACUGUCUAGUACAAUGCCUGGCAAAAGUAAACAGUAAAUCAGUAUUUGUGGGAGGAAUUCCUUUCUUUCUGUUAAAGCAGUAUUUACCAAAUGUGUUUUUCAGAACAGCUGUUCUUCAAGUUGCUCGCCAGAAAAAUUUGCAUAUCAAGGUUCUAGCCUACUCAUCUAGCCCAAAGAUGGCCGUGGACAUAGAGUACGGAUACAACUGCAUGGCCCCUUCCUUGCGCCGAGAGAGGUUCGCCUUCAAGAUCUCGCCAAAGCCAAGCAAACCUCUGAGGCCCUGUAUUCAGCUGAGCAGCAAGAAUGAAACCAGUGGAAUGGUGGCCCCAACUGUCCAGGAGAAAAAGGUGAAAAAACGGGUGUCCUUUGCAGACAACCAAGGGCUAGCCUUGACGAUGGUCAAAGUGUUCUCUGAAUUUGAUGACCCAUUAGAUAUUCCAUUCAACAUCACUGAGCUGCUAGACAACAUCGUGAGUUUGACGACAGCAGAGAGCGAGAGCUUUGUUCUGGAUUUCUCACAGCCUUCUGCAGAUUACUUAGACUUUAGAAACCGACUUCAGACGGACCACGUCUGCCUUGAAAACUGUGUGCUGAAGGACAGAGCCAUUGCCGGCACAGUGAAGGUGCAGAACCUCGCCUUUGAGAAGAUGGUGAAAAUAAGAAUAACAUUCGACACUUGGAAGAGCUUCACGGACUUUCCUUGUCAGUACGUGAAGGACACUUACGCCGGUUCGGACAAGGACACCUUCUCCUUUGACAUAAGCUUACCUGAAAAAAUCCAGUCUUAUGAAAGGAUGGAGUUUGCUGUAUGCUAUGAGUGCAGCGGACAGACGUACUGGGACAGCAACAAAGGCAAAAACUAUAGGAUCGUCCAGGCUGAGUUAAAAUCCACUCGGGGGACAGGCGAGCCCCCAAAUGGACCCGACUUUGGAAUAUCCUUCGACCAGUUUGGAAGCCCUCGGUGUUCCUAUGGUCUGUUCCCCGAGUGGCCUAGUUAUUUAGGAUUUGAAAAGCUAGGGCCCUACUAUUAGUGACCCGCACUGGGUAGAGCGUGGCUGAGCCGGUGCACAGACAGCCUGGCUCCGGUCACGGGGAUGUAGACGGAAGCCAAGAAAAGAGUCAAGUUGAACUGCCAUUAGGCACGCUUUUUAAAAGAAAGGAUCCUGUUCACUUUUUUUCUUAAGCCAGCAAAUCCAGUCAGGUUUAUGUCACAGAACUGGUUUCAUAGUGAUUCCCUCAGUGGGCACACCGGAGGGUGUAUGUGGCGUGCUGGGCCACGGCAGCCUGGAGGCUAGGAGCAGAUGAUGCUGGAAGGGUCCUCGAUGCCCGGGAACCAGGUCUGAGGGGUGCUGGCAGUGCUGCAGGACGAGCCUGACUGCCGCCACCGGGGGCGUGCCUGGGAUGCCGGAAGGACCCACUGCUCUCACCUGGGAUGUGGAAAGUCACCUGCAAGGUGUCACCUGCACGUGCCACUCAGUCCCAGCCACCUCACCCUGGACUCUUGCUACUCAUCUUCGGUGUUGUCCACCUAGCCAGGCCUUUCCCGCGUGUUGCCGCUGCAGUUCCUUGUCUGCACACAUACUUCAUACUUUAUCUCUCUGUGGGGAUGCGCUGGUCUGAUGUUGCACAUUUCUAAUACAGCUAUGGAAGAGAGAUGGGAUCGGCUCCUUUCUUUUUUUUUUUUUUUCCCCUGCGCUAUCAUAUGAUUACAAGUUCAUUUUGUGGCAUUUUAUUUUCUUACACAGUCCAUCUGAUGUUCAGAAAAAGAUAAUAAAGGCAAAUGAGCUUGUGACCGACAGGCAUUUCCUCCCCUCUCUUCCUGGCCCCACGUCUGUGCUCCAGUGAGAGAAACACCCAGUUAGCUAAUGACUGGCCCCUGAGCAGUGUUACAGAUUGCAGGGCUGUGAUGUGGCAGGAAGGUUAUGAGUGGGACCGUUGCAGCUUUUCCUUUUAGCUUUUAGGGGAGCUUUGUUCUAACUCGUUGGCUGGGUCGCAAGCGUCUCAUUCUUUAAAAAGAAUUUUUAAGCUCCUUUUCUGAAGUCAUCUUUUAUACUGUGUUUAGGACAUUUUGAUUUACAUAUCCUACAAAUCUUUAAAGCCUCCAGAAAAUGCUUGGUUUUAUUCUGGCUGUGAUUUACAAUGUCCAGGACACUUUACAGGCACCCAGGGACUUGGAUUUGGGUGUUCUUACUUACGGUGUGUGAGUAUGGAAAGGGACAGAGAAGAAAACCCAACCAAGUUCUUGUGUUCUGUUUUAAAUAUUUGCCAACUCUGAAGUGUCAGAGAUGAAUUGUUCUUACCCAUAUUGGACCUACAGAAAUAAAGUCUGCUGGCUAAUGCUAUUGUGAAGAGACUCCUGGGUCAUUCAUUGUCAAAUGAAUGCCCCAAACCUGUGACUUCUCCUGGGCGAGAACGGUUUGUAUUUAGGAGUGUUUUUAAAAUAUUUUUACAUGUCUGUUUGUAAAAGGUUGAGGUUUUUGCUUUCUUUUUUUUUGAGCUUGGUUAAAUGACUGUCUUGUUUUCUUUUUGCCUGAUCCUACUAAAGCAAGUCUUCCCAAGGGAGGCAGGAAGAGGAAGCACCGUUGUCUGGAUGUGGGGGCACAGCUGUUGGACUCUCCGAGCAAAGGGUCUUCCUUUGCUUGCAUUAUCCAGAUCAAUUGGAAACACCUCAUGGCCCCUGUGACUUUGUAAAUGUGGCCUGAGGCUCAGCGUCAGUCACUGAAUACUGUGGCUCUGAGAGUUUCAUUGUUUUUGUUUUAAACUUUAAAAUGUUUUGCGUUUGUAAAUGCUCUCAGUGGUCCAUGUAAUUCUUGUUCAUAAAACUGGCUGUUACUAGUCUGCAAUUUAGUGCUUUGUGUUGCUUUUGUGCUUCUCCCGGGUGGGUAGCACACUGGGAUUAUAUGCUAAUGUCAUUUAUGGGGACGUAACGUUUUUAUCUUAUGCUGGAAUGAGUUAGAACUGCGCUUUAUGUAAGUAAACCUAACAUCAAGUACACAGACGGUAUGUGAAGUGUUAGAAAUUUGGUGGUCAGAACUAUACACAGCGUUGGACUGAAUCGAAGAGAAGCAAGCUGAUUUCUUGUAGGUCAUGGAUUUCUUUCAGAUUCCCUCCACCACAUGCAGAAGGGUACGAGGUGCACUGCCAUUUGUAUGCUAUCAGACUGAGGGUAACGAGAGUUCAGUGUUCAUAAGGAAGAUGCCUCCAGUGACUGUCUAAGACAUUCCCAUGUCAAAAUUUGAAAUAUUCUAAUUCAGUGAUAAGCAUCUCUUCUGAAACAGCCGUCAGCCUCCCCUCCCCUUCCCUGCUCCUAGCUCAGCCCUGCUGUUGCGCUCAGAGCACUGGUUGCAAGCCCGCAGCCAGCGCACCUGGGACGCGCACCUCUCCAGGCAGUUCAGAAGACAAGUCCUCACCUGCUUGCAAAGACCCUUCCCUUAUUCAAGGACGUGGUUCCCCGACUUCCCUCUGGAGCGUUGU